GCUCUAUUUUUGGUUUCUAUCGUAGCGGCUUGUUCAUACCUUCCAACUAAUGGAGCUGCCGACGUAUCAAAUAAAGGAGAUCGAGGUAAUGCUGCAUCUCUGGAUAAUGUGAGCACAGCAGGCACCAAAGAUCUAGUAAGACAAGCAACUGGUUGGGAUCGACCUGUCUAUGGCACACAAACCUGGUAUCCUCCAUCUAGCAACGUCAAAGGAACAGCUCAUGGUGGUAGCGGUUACCAACCAGGAUAUCAGCCAGGUUAUCAGGGAGGAUAUCAAAGUGGAUACCAACCAGGAUAUCAAAGUGGUUACCAACCAGGAUAUCAAAGUGGUUAUCAAUCAGGGUAUCAAAGUGGUUAUCAACCUGGGUAUCAAGGUGGAUACAUCGGGAGCGGAGCAUAUGGAUACCCAAGUGGUUCGGGAAGUUAUGUGGUUCCAGGUCGAGGAGGUUAUCUUGGAGGUUAUGGCAACAAAGGUUGGUCAACGGGUGGUUCAAACUGGGGUGGAAGCUACGGAGGACGUCCGGGGUCUGGAGCAAGUGGAGGCUAUGGUGGCAACUAUAAAGGCACCGUUUCGGGUAAUCAGGGUUGGUAUGGACAAGGUGGCCAAGGAGGUAGUUAUGGAAGUGGUUGGUAUGGGGGCAAUCAAAUAAAAGGGAGUAAUGGAGGUUAUAACUGGCCAGCUGGAGGAUACAGAGGAGAUAAGGGAUACAGUGGUUCCUAUGGUGGUAGCGUAUCCGGAUAUCAACCUGGUUAUGGUUAUCCAAGUUAUGGAAGUGGUUACACAAGCCAAGGCACAAGUAAAGGCUUAGGUAAUCAGAUUUAUGGCUCUGGAUAUGGAGGCACAUACCCAGGACAAACAAGUUGGGGAAGCGGAGGUUAUGGCACUGCGGGGACGAAAGGGAGCUCAUGGGCAGGUGGAAAUGUUAAUGAUCGAUACGGAUAUCAGGGUAAUUAUAAAGGAGUAACUAGCCCAAGAAUUAAUACAAUUGGGGGUAACACAUGGUCAGGACAGCGAACAGGAUACAUAGGUAACUAUCCAAGUAGCAAGGGAUCCUGGUGA